AUGGGCUACAUCCCACCUUCCAUCUCUAACAUGUCAAACUUGGAGACGCUACGGCUGUCUUUCAAUUUCAUUGAGGGGACUGUUCCAAUAGAAUUUCAGAAUCUUCAUAAUUUGAAGAAUUUGAUUAUUGAGUAUAAUCAGCUUUCUGGUCCUUUGCCUCUCCAUGCAUUCAAUAUUUCCUCACUAGAAAUCAUUUGCUUCACGAAUAACAGCCUAUCUGGCAUUCUGCCGGACGACAACUGUCAGCGCCAUCAGAAACUUACAUUGCUUAGUCUAGCAGACGACAAUUUGAUCGGUCCAAUACCUUUAACGGUGUCUCGGUGUUCACUGCUUCGGAUUCUUGCCUUGUCUGAGAACCAUUUAAGUGGACCGAUACCCAUGGGAAUUGGGAACUUGACAAUGCUGGAGGAACUAUACCUGGAGAGCAAAAUUUAA